AUGUCAUUUGCUUUGCUAGAAGGUGACGAUGAGACUUUUACGGACGUUCUAGAGCUGUUGAAUGAGUAUGAGGAGUACGAAGCAAUUGACGAUACGUCUCAGUCGCAACCUCGAGUCAAACAUUGCUCGUCGAGCUGUAGUUAUUUAUCUGAAAGUCCGGCAUGGACUGCAUUUGAAGCUGCACACCCCAUUAAUCAUAAUACCAAAAAACACCGCAAUCGGGCGCGAGAAAUACGACGACAAGAGGUGCAAUUCUUGCGCACGUGUGCCAUAAGACUCGAGACUGAGUUGAAUGCACUAAAUGAAGCAGUGGAACAGAGGGCACAGCUGAGAGUGGCAAUGGAAGGAUUGGACGAGACGAAUGCAUCGUCCAUGAGGUUGUGGAAAGAGUUGGCGACACGUCAAUUGGAACACCGUUUGGCUUCAGAAAGAGAGAAUAGUCGUCUCAAAGGCGCACUGGAAGACCAUCGGAAACUACGUGAAAUGCUGGAACGAGUAUUGAAUACGAGAGUCGCACGUCGAGUGAUGGAGACGAGCUUAACACAAGAGAAAAGGACAAGACGCGUACAUGGCGUGGCAUUGGAAGCGUCGGAUCAGGAGGUUUUUCAAGAACUAGAAGGUGGCGUGGAUUCCGUGUAUCAUGAAGCAGCAAAGGUAUUUGUCCAAGAGGAUAUGGGCAAUAUGACGUCUCCGGGAUUGUUUGAAGAAAAAACAUUGCCUUUUGAUCUCCAGGCGACCGCGGAAGCUGCGUGGAGGUGUCUCGCACACGCGUUCCAGAAUGAAAAAUACACGUUGUCAUACAACAGAGAGAUACAAAAGAAUGAUUCGGAGAAGGGAGUACAUGAUAACACCGUCGUAGAAAGCUUUGGCGUCGAGAUUAAAGUGGCAGACAAGGUGGCGGAUUUCAGGAUCAAACAAGUAUUCCGACGAUAUGUCGAGUCAGAUCGUAUUGUCAUUGCAUGGAAAUCUUACAUCGACCCGGCAGAGUUCAAAGAUCCGAGAAUGCGCUUUCGCUUUCAAGAAAAAGGCUCAAUGGUGAUUCAACAGCCGCUGAAGCCGCAGGUGUCUGGUGACGAGCCCACAACGCUGCGUAUCUGGCAUGUAAUUACUCCAGAGAUGCUAGAAAGUACAAAUAAUGCUCCGAGCUCCCAAUUUGUACAGGAUCUCACCGAUUUCGUGCUAAACGGAUCAUCGUCUGCAAGGACUGUUCAGAUGAUUGAAAACAUGCUACUUGAGGAGUCAAACAGAAGAAAUAUGCAGUACACUGUGUAA